AUGGUUGGGGCUGGGACUGGUGGUGGCGACAGCAACAAAAUUGUGGCUACUUUGCGUUCUGACUGUAAGGUGGUCUAUCCCGCAAAUCAAGGUGGAGCCACAACGCUGGAACACCAAUUGGCUAGUUUAAUGAACUACAAAAUUCGCACGGAAGGAGAUAUAUCGAAUAAGUCUCUCAACACACUGAGUGUACCAACAACUGUCGUAGACUUGGGCAAACAACUGUUGCAGUACGCUAGGGAUUCCGACGUUAAGGGCGUCAAAAAUGCAUUGUCCCGCGGUGCGCCGUUCACAUCGGAUUGGUUGGGAAUGUCCGCCUUGCAUUUCGCUGCGAUGAAUAAUCAGUAUGAGAUUUGUCAAGUUUUAUUGAACGGUGGCAUCAACAAGGACUCCAAAACCAAAGUGGAUCGAACUCCGCUUCAUUUGGCCUGUUAUUAUGGCAAUGAACAGAUAGUGGAACUGCUACUAUCCAAAAAUUGUGCCGUGAAUCCAAAAGAUAUGUUACGUAUGACUCCAUUGCAUUGGGCCGUUGAAAAGAGACACAAGUCAAUUGUACGCUUACUCCUGAAACAUAAUGCAGAUGUAACCGCGGUUACAAAGUUCGGUCGUACACCGCUUGCAAUCGCCGUUCUAACGGAGCAAGCCGAUUUACUGGAAGAACUCGAAAGUGCCCGUCAAGCUCAAGCCAACAGGACAUUCAAUGAACAACAUGAGGUGAAAUCACACUGCAAAAAAGAGACCUCAGAGGCAGUUAAUUCGAUAAUGGGUCUUACCGCACCGGAAAAUUCCGCGGAAAGCGAAGGGGGUCUUAGAAGCCAAGAUAAUGAUGAAUACAUGACCCAAAAUGAAUAUGCCGCUGUCAAAAUUGCCGAGUUGGAGAAUAUUAAAGAAACAGGAAUCAUAGGAGACUCUACAAUUAACCUAUUAAAAUCUCAUGGUAUUUCCAUGAUGCCGGAUGAUGAUACUUCGAAGGAUAUGUUGAAUAUCGCCCUGCAAAAUGGUAGACAAUUGAUUUUGUCAGAGGGCGGAAAGCUAUUAUUAAACGAAACUAAGAAAAUCAAAAACAACAAUAAUACUAACCUAAGCAAUAACAAUAAUUUUAAUAUAAAUGGUUCUAAUAAAAAUAUUGUUCCAGCGAGGGCACGCAAUGAUAGUGCAACCUAUGUAAGUUCCUCAAACAAUGCAAAUGUUAAUAGGCUAAAACCGAAUGUCAUAAGUAAGGCUAAGGACAAUCAGCAAGUAACAAAGAAUAAGAAUAUACGUAUUAUAUCAAUAAAUGAUUUUAAAAAGUUGUAUGGAAAUACAAAUCUGAAGACUAUGCAAAAGCUGCCACAAUCGGUUACGAGCCAACAACGUGUUAUAAAUUCAAGGCAGCCAAUGCAAAUGAAGCAACAGCAGGUUCGUUAUUUUGUUUAG